UUACUGGCUAUAAAAUGGAAGCUGAGAUUCUCACGUAACCUUCGCCACAGGACCUGGGUUUUGAUAUUGUCAGGCACAUGCGUGACUGGUGAGUUGGUAACACUGAUUAGAACCUCGAACAGCGUUUUAACUCCUGUCUUCUGUGGGCUGGACUUGGCCUGGGUUGUUGGGUUUAGGAUGCGGUGCUGGGUGGAGCUGAUGCCCCAGUGAUGGUCUGGUGGUCCUUUCUGGCCUUAAACUAUGAUUGUCUGAAAAGGCCUCUCAUCUCCUGCCCAGCUGGCUCCAAGGAGAGACUCGCUAGCCAGCUCCUUAUUGUAAGGCUGCCGAGGUAUUGGGAAAAGAUUCCCCAGCCCACACCAGCCAGUAGGUUUCAAACCUAGGCUCUAGCUAGCAAGAUUUGACACUGCCUUCAGCUUGGUGUGCAAGGGUUUUGACACUGCCUUCAGCUUGGUGUGCACACGUUUUGUUUAGCCCUGCUAUAGAGACUCAGCCCCCCAAGCAGGGUCCCAGCAGGUACUGCCUGUGCAAAAGCCUUCAGCCCCCUUCCAGGACUGCGUGGGGAGAGGCCAGGGGGCAUCAGUCACCUCUUGCUCUUGUGUUUUUUUGACCUUCUGACUGUUUGUUUUCUCCCUGGAGAGGGGCAGGCUAAGCAAACAGCAAGUUCCUGGGACAGGCGGCUGCAGCCCAGCUCCAGCAGGAGCCUGAGCAGUCAGACAAGCCACGCGCCAUGAGGCUGCUGGUCCCAGCUCUGAUGCUGGGUUUGCUCUGUGGGGCUUUUGCAGCUGAAGAGUCUUGUGUGGGCCACUGCGAGGAUGGUUUCAAUGCCCAGAGGAAGUGCCAGUGCGACACCCUCUGUGUGUACUACGAGAGCUGCUGCAGUGACUACGCCAGCGCCUGCAAGCCAAAAGUGACCCGCGGGGACAUGUUUGCGUUCCCCGAGGACGACUACGUGGACUACAGCACCAGUGCUACCUUGGGUGAAACCACAGAGGUCCUCAACACAGGCACUGACCCCCCAACCACAUCUCCAGACCCAGUCACUGCUGCCACUGCCGUUUCGGUCACAGUGCCAGGCAGAGGUGCCCCCCUGCUGGUGCCCACUGGGCUGGAAGAGCUGGAGCAGGUGCAGCUGCAGCAGGAGGAGGAGGAGCUGUGCAGCGGGAAGCCCUUUGACGCCUUCACGGACCUGAAGAACGGUUCUCUCUACGCAUUCCGAGGGAAAUAUGUCUAUGAACUGGACGAGAAAAGCGUGAGGCCCGGCUACCCCAAGCUCAUCCGCGAUGUCUGGGGCAUCGAGGGGCCCAUCGAUGCCGCCUUUACACGCAUUAACUGUCAGGGCAAGACCUACAUUUUCAAGGGCAGUCAGUACUGGCGCUUCGAUGAUGGUGCCCUGGACCCCGACUACCCCCGCAAUAUCUCUGACGGCUUCCAGGACAUCCCUGAUGACAUCGACGCAGCCUUCGCCCUCCCUGCACACAGCUACCAUGGCCAGGAGAGGGUCUAUUUCUUUAAAGACAAGCAUUACUGGGUAUACGACUUUGCCAAGCAGCCCAGCCGGCAGGACUGCGAGGUGUCCUCCCCGUCACUGGUGUUCGACCACUACACACUCAUGCAGGGCGACAGCUGGGAGGACCUCUUCCAACUGCUCUUUGGGGGCUCCAUGCGCAAUGGGGCCAGUGGACCGUGGUACAUCAGCAGAGACUGGAGGGGGGUGCCGAGCCACCUAGAUGCUGCCAUGGCUGGCAGGAUCUACGUCUCCUCGAGGGCUAGCAGCUGGGCUCGAAGGAGGAAAUCCCGCCGGCACCGCAAGAGGUACAGGAGCCGGCGUCCGGCAGCUCACACCGUCUGGGACUGGCUGCAGGAUGAGUCCGACUCCUUGGACAUGGACCUUGACUGGCUGCCAGGGGGCUCCCGGUGCCAGCCCAUCCAGAGCGUCUACUUCUUCGUGGCAGACAAGUACUAUCGCCUCAACCUGCGCAGCAAGCGUGUGGACUUUGUGCGCCCUCGCUACCCACGCCCCAUCGCUCAGUACUGGCUGGGCUGCCCCUGAGCGGGAGAGGAGAGCCCCCGAGGGGAUGGGCUGCCACAAUCCUGCCAUAUCCACAGCAGCUGGGUCUUUCGCUAACGCCAAAUAAACAGGGAGCUCUGUGUCAGCCCUGGACUGCGUCUGUCUGGGGCAGUGGGAGCUUCGUGGGCAGGGCUGUGC